UUGCAGUAAACAACAUGAGUUUUAUCCUUUCUCGACCCUUUAUGUAGAUCUAAUUAUUAAAUUCAGCUGAUCGUGUCCUGGCAAAACAUUUGAACCCUUUUCUGAAAUAAGUUAUCGACUAAGUAAUAGGCUUCUACAGGUACAGAAUUCUUGAAAAUGGUCGCCUCUAUGAUUGCUUCAGCUAUAGGAGCACCUGAGGGGGCUAUAAAAUUACUUUUGUCAAUUUUAGUUGGGUACCCUCUAGCACUUCUACAUAGAUUACCAGUUCUCUACUCUUCACCGCCAAUUGUGAAACAUAUACUUUUUGCCCUUGAAGGUCUUCUGAUUUGCUACUAUAACUUUGGUAUUGACACAUAUCACACAUGGCUAAAUAUCACCAUCACAUAUCUGGUGUUGUUCGUCUGUGGUGGGACAAAGUUUUCUGUCAUAUUUAUUUUUGUUUUCAACACAUGCUAUCUUAUCAUUGGCUACUAUUCCCAAAUCAACUAUCAAGAGUUUGGGAUAUCAUGGACCAUGCCACAUUGUGUGUUGACACUUCGCUUGACAGCUGUAGCUUUUGAUUACUAUGAUGGCCAGAAGGUUUCAGAGAAGGAGAGUGGUGGCAAAGACAACACAGCUCUCUCUAGAAGGCCAGGCUACUUAGAAAUGUUGGGACAUAGCUUGUUCUUUGGUGGGGUGCUGGUUGGGCCUCAGUUCUCCAUGAAACGUUAUUUAGAGUUUGUGAAUGGUGGGUUUGCUGAAUCAAAUGGGAUGGCCCCAAACAGCAUCAAUGCAAGUCUAAAGCGAUUGGCAGGGGGCCUUGUGUACUUGAUCCUAUUCCAAAUACUUGCUUUGUUGCUGCCUGAUAAAUAUUUAACUAGUCUUGUUUUUGAUGAAUUAGGAUUUUUUACUAAAUGUGCCUUAAUUUUGAUUUGGGGAAAAAAUGCUCUUCAUAAAUAUGUUGGAGUUUGGCUAAUUCAGGAGGGCAGCAUAAUUCUCACUGGUAUGAGCUACAAUGGUGUGGAUAAAGCUGGCGUCAAACAGUGGGAUGGGUGCACAAAUAUAAAAGUUUGGCUCCUGGAGACUGGAGAAUCUUUCUCCGACUUUAUUCAAGCCUUCAAUGUCAACACUAAUCAGUGGAUGCUUAGAUACGUUUACAAGAGAUUGCGAUUCCUGGGCAGUAAAAUAGUUUCUCAGCUUGCCACGUUGUUUUACUUGGCUGUAUGGCAUGGAGUCCAGUCGGGUUAUUACAUGUGUUUCUUACUUGAGCUUUUGGACACCAAUGCUGAGACCAAGAUGAUAUGGAUUUUCAAAAGGCUAAAUGUUCAGAGCAAGUUGCCAAAUUGGAGUGCCCUUGGUGUUAUAGGACGUGUUGUUAGGAAACUUACUCUAAUGUUCCUCUGGUCCUAUGCUCUUGUUGGUUUUGUUUUAUUAGAAUACGAGAAAUGGUUUGCUGUUUACAAGUCUGUCUACUUCAUUGGUCAUGUUGCUUGUUUCCUAGCUAUUGCUGGGGCUUAUUCACUCAAAGUCAUUUCCAGGCCUAAACCUCAAGUAAAUGGGGUACACACAGACUAGGCUAAUAAACUCCCUGUCAAAGAAAGUGGAUGCAACAGUGGUUCUAGAAUUGAAGGACUCUCAACAUUGGCUUUCUACUUCUACUGUUUAUCUUCUUACUGUUUCCUUACAUCACCAUGCUAACAGAUGUUGUUGCUUUUCUGCUCAUUGCACUCUUGGGAUUGGUAAUAUUUCUUAAGAUUUUUUGGUUUUAAAAAGUUACAAUUAAGUCACUUAAAAUGGUUUUCAAUGCAAAAUUAUUUUUUUGUAUUACUGUUGUCAGAAAACAGACAAGGUUAAGUCUAGCAAAUGUGUCCAUGUAAAAUAUGCACAAAACAAAACAAAUUUUUGUAUUUAUGGUACAGAUUUUUUUUUAUAUUCAUACAAGUUGUGAGGCUUAGAGCACAGAUUUAUUUAUCUCAAGUACAAGUUUUGGUUAAAUUAAUACAUGUUAUGUCUUUCUUAAUAGUUUUAUGGUGUAAUUUACUGUUUGAAAUUGUCAGUGUUUAAGGUUUGUGUUGAUAUAACUGGGUAAACAGCUUAGCUAAAAAUAUCAUUAACCGUUUUUAAA